AUGGCUCUUUCUGACGCGCGAGACUAUGUGCUUGCCGUCGAGAGCAACAAGCAUGAGGCCGCCCAGAUCGCAAAGGCCACCGCUCAAAAACUCGAGAGUCGACAGAUCACCCUGAUAGACGUCGUCCAAUCUCUGGGCGAGUAUAUCAACGAUGGCGACGACAAGAUCCGCACAAGAGCUAUUUCCUACCUGGUCGCCGUCAUCUCUUCCCUGCCCGCGAAGUUCCUCUCCCGCCAGCAGAUCCAGGUCUUGUGUCAAUUCCUGUGUGAUCGCAUCGAAGAUGGAGGAGCACUUGAUGGACUGGCGAAGCUGCAAAGCUUGGACAGAUUUACAAAUGAUAUGGCACAAAUGGUUGUGAGAGCAAUAUUUGAACACUUUGCGGAUCUACAAACGCGCAACCAAGCAGGUCGAUACCGGGUGCUCCAGCUGGUGAACGAACUCCUCGAUCGCCAUCGCAAAGCCGUGAGGAACAUGGGAGACGAAUCUCUUGUCGGCAUCACGCAACUGGUGGCUGGCGAAAAAGACCCUCGCAACUUAAUGCUCAUUUUCUCCAUGUUGAGAGUCCUCAUGGUGGAAUGGGACAUUAGCGGGCACGUUGAAAUGAUGUUCGACUCGGUAUACGCUUACUUCCCAAUCACUUUUCGCCCUCCCCCAAACGAUCCAUAUGGCAUAACGGCGCAGGAUCUGAAGGACCGAUUACGCGAUUGUCUAGCUUCAACUGCGCUGUUCGCUCCUCAUACCUUUCCAAACAUGUUGGACCGCCUUGACUCGACGUCGAAUACCGUCAAGAAAGACGUCUUACAGACUCUGGCAGCCUGUGCCAUUAAUUACGCUCCAGCGACCAUGAGCCAGUACUCUAUCACGCUGUGGGAUGCUGUCAAAUUUGAAGUUCUGCAAGCUCAAGAACCAGAUUUGGCAGAAGAGGCUCUUCUCGUGCUGGGAGGUAUCGCGAAAUGCUUGUCAACCGAUGCAUACGGCUUGACGAAUUCCGCUCUACUCCAGUAUCUAAAACCCAUCAACAAGGAAUGCCUAGAACAUCUGCAAGAGCCUGCAUCACGUCAAGCAAAAGCCUCGGGGAGCAUUCUAAAGGCCAUUUCGUCAGCAUCCAUACAAGCAUUCGAGAUUGUGAUCAAGGCGAUCGGCCCGGCAUUAUUCACGAUAUAUCAAUCCGCACAAGGUUUGGUGCAGCAGAGAGCUGUCCUCGAAAUUGCCAAUCAGCUAUUUGAGGCUUCCAUUGAGGUAUAUGGAUCAUGGGCAGCCUUGAGCCCAAAGAACCCUGGAGGCCGAGAGAACCUCAUGGGUGAGUUCAAGGACAAAUUUGUCGCCAUCUACAGCCAAGCCCUGAUGGGUACGGUCAAAGAGGAGGUGUCAUUUCGGCUGACUGCGGCAAACGGCCUGCUCUUGAUCUCGAAAAUGAGAUCCAUGCUCUCAGAUGAUGAGAUCGGCCUCUUCGUCCAGUAUUUUGACGACGUCGUCUUGAAAGAAGAGUCGUAUGGCCGUGACGAACUCAAAAAGAGAGCCAUGGCUGCGUUGGCUGAGAUCUCCCACUUUAAACCGGGCCUUAUCUCUGACAUUACAUUUCCGGCAUUUUUGGCGCGUCUCCCAGAUUCGGAAGAAGAUGCGCAAUCAGAACAAUACAAUCCUGUACUCGAGGGACUGGCCGAAAUAAGUGUUGAAAAGGACUUGCAAGGGACGUUAAUGCGGCGCCUUUUGAACAAGGUGGACCUACUCUUCAAAUCAAGUCAAGGGACAGCUUUUCCCUAUACAUGUUCCAUCUUGGGUACGAUACUAUUUGUGCUGAACCGAGCUGCAACUGUUUCGCAGUUCCCGUUGGAUGCAUACUAUGACCGAGUUGUUGUUGGACUUUCCCAAAGAGCAACAGAGGCCAGAGGGGGUGCUCUUACCAACGAGCCUGUUCUGGAUCUGCUUGGUCGGAUUAUGAAUCUCAUCAUUCGCCACUCUGCGGCCGACAAGAUUCAAAUGGCUGCAGAGAAUAUUUACCUCCUCUUCAGGACAGACACGUCCACUGGCGGAACGGCGGAAAUUUCGGCUCUAUUGGAGCCCCCCACCCUUGCUCUGUUGUCAACGUGGCUGCUGGCGGCCACUCCCCGAAAUACACACUCUUCUGUUCUAAACAAGGCUCAAAUACCUCGGAUCAUCGAGGACCUGAUAUCAUUUGCUUCUAAAUCUAGCAGCCAUGCUAUCACCCAGUGCUGUCUUCUACAGGUAGCUCUCUAUGUCAACAAGCAUGUUGAAACAGCCGACCUGGACUACAUUGACGCCCUGCUCGCUAAGAGACUCCUGGCGCUCAAAGACGAACCGAUGGGCGAAACCGAGUGUCUGGAGUUCAGCGUGCGACUCACGUUUUUGUUGAUCAAGGCCCUCAUUCUCCGGCUCGCGCCCAACACGAAUCAAUAUCUCACCAGCCUUGUGGACCUACUUGAUGAACGCCAGUAUCCCAAGGAGGUCUCCCGGAAGGCAGCGAUGGGAUUUGCUACCAUCCUUUCUUCGGACGAUGUGUUGUCGAAGAAAAAUGCGGUGCAGAUCAGGCUACUUGCUCCACAACGCGUAUUUCAGACGCUAACGCCGCUUAUUUCAGAGAAGUUCAAAGUCUCAACGUCGCCGAGUGAGAAAGAGAAUUAUCUCAUAGCACUCAGUGGUGUCCUGGCAAGUGUGCCGUCUGAUAUCGUGAUGCCUGAACUGCCUACCUUGCUGCCUCUUCUCUUACAGUCAUUGGACGUCACGGACCAGGUGGUGAAGAUUGCCACUCUAGAGACAUUGGCUGUGGUAAUAUCAAAUAAUCCUUCCGCGCUCGAAGAAAGUGGACACAUUCCUGCCCUGGCGAAGAGACUGAUCCGGGUGGCAACGUUUGCGAAGUCAAAUUCACCCAAACCCGGGGGUACAGUGGAGGCUGUUCCCUCAGCUAACCUUCCAGCGACUCGCCGACUCGCCGCACGUUGCCUUGCUUUGUUGCCCAAGUACGUUAGUUCUACUGGUACGCGGGCAAACCCUUUACUGGGUUUGAAGCGUGAGGUGUUGCACGGCCUUACGGGGGUAUUGGAUGACCCAAAGAGAGACGUUAGAAAGGAAGCUGUCGACGCGCGAGCAGCCUGGUUGAGGGGAGUUGACGACAUCACCGAUGACGACGUGUAA